CUGGGUGGGGACUCAGGCGUGGGCUUCAGGGGCAGACAGACACUAACGUCUCUCGGGGAAGCUGCUCUCCAACCAAGCCUCCGGAGCCAAGCAAGUCAGAUCUGCCAGGGAGCCUCAGGCCUUGAACAUUGACCAGAGUGUCUGAAGACCCCAUCUGACUCUCCAAUGGCCAGCAACAACACCGCCAGCAUAGCACAAGCCAGGAAGCUGGUAGAACAGCUGAAGAUGGAAGCCAACAUCGACAGGAUAAAGGUGUCCAAGGCAGCUGCAGACCUGAUGGCCUACUGCGAGGCACAUGCCAAGGAAGAUCCCCUGCUGACCCCAGUGCCGGCCUCAGAAAACCCCUUUCGGGAGAAGAAGUUCUUCUGUGCCAUCCUUUAAGUCUCUGAGAAGAGGCUGAAGAGCGUCAGGGCUCCCGGGACAUAAAUGUAGAGUUCCUAGCAAAGUGGGCACCUUUCUCGUCCACAGCAUAUAAAGAGAAGAAAGAGAACCAUCCUGGACAGUCUGGGCUGUGCAUGUUUAAAGAACUGUCCCCUUAUGAGAAUGAAAGCUGAUUCCAUGUCCCAACUUUAGAGAUCUGACCCUGCAGACCGGCCUGGAGGAGGGGAAUGUAUAAAAAAAUGAGAUUGGUGUCACUUCUUUUUGCUGUCCCUCUAAGACCUUACAUUUCUGCUUCAUAUUUAUAAACAAAAUAAACAUUAAAGCCGGUGUCCUGAGAUGA